AUGUCCUUUAACAACAAGAACCUUUUCGCCCUUUUAGGUAACGACGUUGAAGACCAGAACGACAACCAGGUCACCUUGCCAAGGGAGCUCGUCAAGAAGUCCACUUCUUCCAAGAAGGCCGACGCUCCUCCACCAUCCGCCGACCCAGCCCGUGCUGGCAAGCCAAAGGCCAAGCCAACCGGUAACGAAGGUGCCAUCAAGGCCAAGGCCAACAACCGUGAAAAGGUUGCCCCAGCCUCUACCCAGAGAAAGAGUGCCAAGCCAGCUGGCGACCGCAAGUCCCGUACCGGUAAGACUGACUCUGACAAGAAGGUCAAGCAGGCUUGGGGUGAUAACAAGAAGGAAUUGGAAACCGAAGUUGCUGCUGCCGCUGACGCUGAAGCCUCUGACGAGGAAGUUGUUGAGGCUGCCCCACCUACCCCAGCUGGCAAGUCCUUGCAGGAAUUCUUGGCCGAGCAGGCCGCCACCGCCUUGGCCACCAAGCCAGUCAGACAGGCCAAUGAAGGUGCUGAAGACAAGUGGACCGCUUCCGAGACCUUUGUCAAGGAAGACGAAAAGUUCGUCGAAGCCUCUAACCUCAAGAAGCUCAGAUCUAAGGCCAAGAAGGAAAAGAACUUCUUGUCCUUCGACGCUUCUUUUGCUGACGAAAAGCCAACCGAGAGAAAGGAGGUUCCAGCCUUCACUAGAGGUGCUAAGCCAACCAGAGGUGGUGCCAAGCCAGCCCGCGGUGGUAAGAAGCCAGUCGCCAAGAGCUCUUCCUCCAAGAAGGCUGUUGUCGACGACGUCAACUUCCCAGCCUUGAACUAA